AUGGUUGAAUCUGUUCCCCGGAUUUGUCGUCCAGUUCCACCUCCAAAAUCGCCAUCACUUCUCAGUGGGAUUUCGUUCGAGUCAGGCACGAAAAAGAUGGGAAUCACGCCGGUGUAUUUCUUUUCGCACGGGUCGACUCGAAUGAUCGAGGAAGAUUGCGAGUCCGGCACGUACUGGAAGCAAUGCGGCGAUGAGGCUCUCGCGCACGGAGUCAAAGGCAUCGUCAUGAUGGGAGCACAUUGGGAUUGUGUCGGCGACAAACUUGAAGUGGCGACAAACCCAGCACCUAACAAGUCCUUCUGCCCCUACGCCACGCCAUCCAUCUACAAGGACUGGAAACCCAACCCGGACCUCGAAACGGCAGAGAAGUGUAUCCUGAUGCUGAGCGCCGAAGGAUUCAACGUGGCCGGCAAUCCCAACUUCGACUGGAUCCACGACACGUUUCUCAUUCUGAUCCGUAUGUUCCCGGACGCAGCGACGUGUCCACCCACGACUAUCAUCUCCAUGAACGCACGGUACGAUCCGCACUACCACGCACAGGUGGGCGCGACGCUCCGCCCGCUCCGUGAACAAGGGUACCUCCUGAUCGGGACCGGCGGAGCGGUCCACAACCUGUACCGCAACGAGUGGAAGCCCAUGGUGCUGUACAAGGACAGCAUGGGCCAGGAGACGCCGCCAGAGACGUGGGCGUUGGAUUUCCGACAGGCAGCCGAGGACGCCGUCACGCGCAACACGGGGCCCAGGCUGCGUAAAGCCAUGGCGUGGCUGAUGAAACACCCCCAGUACCGCGCUGCCCAAGCCACCGACGACCACUGGAUGCCAGCCAUGUUCUGCGCUGGCGCCGCGGGUCACUUUGACGACGUCAACACCAAGAACCUCCUGGCGGCCGAGACGUGGGAGUUGACCAACAUGUGCAACUCGCAAUAUGUCAUGGGCUCUUAUGCGGAUGACGAGACGAGACAGGUUGCUGUGCGUGGCUGA